UACCUUUAUUUUCACGCAGAAGACACGACCACGACGCACUUUGAUUGAAAGAAAUAAAACCGCAUUCUAGUCGUUACUGGGCGUGAGGACGUAACUGCAACGGAAGACACAACAACAACGCUACAUUUGUAGUCUUUCCCACUCCACUUGGUCCACCACCCCUGCUUCACAAGCGUGAACGAGAAGGACUGGGAAUGACACUGCGACAAAAUGGCGGAAGAAGUUGAAUUUGUGAGCGAUAAAGAUAUCCCGCAUUUGAAGAAACGUGGAGUACGACUGGCAGAUGCCACACCGGUCAGUGGAUCAACGCUGUUUGGUUUUCAUACUCCUAAGCGUCGUGGUGCAUUAGCUGAGGCUGCAUUGUCAGCAAUUCACAACAAAAAUCCAGUUCACCACGCUCAGAAUGCACUGCCACAGGAUAGGAGGAAAACUCCAAAGAGCAGUGAAAAAAGCAAAGGUGUAUGUCUGAUAUCUUCCCCAACUUCAAAUGUACUGAAGUCACUGUUUGUGUAUACAAAUUCUCCAUCUGAAUUCGCGUUGGCUAUUGCUCAGCUCGCCACACAUUAUGCAAGUCAGAGUAGUUCAUUAUUAAUUUAUUUUGUAGGGGUUGAACAUGAAUCUGAUACAGAUGAUAAUGAUUCUGACAGUGAAGCAGGGACUGUGGAUGAAACACCAACAAGAGUUUCCAAGAAAAGCACCAAAGGAAAUUCAGACCAGAAAGAAGAUGCUCAGGAGGAGUUCUUUGAGCAACAAAGCUCUAAAUGUAUCACUUCUGAUCAUACACUCUCGAAACUAAAUAUGCCACGAAUGGAUCAACAAAAACUGUUGUUAUGUUUGAAUCAAGUGUCCAGCUCGCACCCCAAGGAAAGAUUUGAAUUGUAUCACAAAUUACAAGGUCUGUUUGACAAGUGGAUGUUUCAUUUAAGGAAUGGAUUUAACAUUCUUCUUUAUGGCCUUGGAUCCAAAAGAGUCCUUCUUGACCAAUUCCGGUCAUCUAAACUUUCUUCAAAUAUUCAAGUCAUAGUAAAUGGGUUUUUCCCCAGUCUCACCAUAAAAAAUGUUCUAAACAUCAUAACUGAAGAGGUUCUUAUGUAUGAUGGAGCUUUCAAGAGUGUGACAGAUCAGUGUGACUACAUAAGACAGAACCUUUGCAGUGACAAAUAUUCAGAGGAGAUUUUUCUGAUCAUUCACAAUAUUGAUGGCUCUAUGUUAAGAUCCAAAAAGACUCAGACAAUCCUUAGCCUUCUUGCAGAAGUGGAUACUCUUCAUGUCAUUGCCAGCAUUGAUCACAUCAAUGCACCCCUAAUUUGGAAUCAUACUCAGCUGAGCCGUUUUAACUGGUCCUGGUUUGAUGUGACAUCCUUUGAACCAUAUAGGGAAGAGACCUCAUAUGAGAACUCACUGCUGGUCCAGCACACUGGAGCUCUGGCACUUAGUUCUUUAGUUCAUGUGUUCCGUAGUUUGACUCCUAAUGCCCGUGGUAUUUUCAUCUUAAUAGCACAGCAUCAGCUUGACGAGAAAGAUAAUAGUAGUUAUAUUGGACUGUCAUUUAAUUCUUGUUAUUCCAAAUGCCGUGAACAGUUCCUGGUAAACAGUGACUCAACACUGAAAGCUCAACUAAUAGAAUUCCGUGAUCACAAGCUUAUAACUUCCAAGAAGGGUGCUGAUGGUGUAGAGUAUCUGUAUAUACCAGUUGACUCAGCAACAUUGAAGCAGUUUAUAGAAGAUCAACAGAACAACAACACAUGACAAGAAUAUCUUGAAAUUAUAGUUAAAUGCCAUUUAUGUGACCAAACACUAACACACUCAAAAAUGUAUCAGAAUUGUACAUGUAUUUAAAAGUGUCAGUGCUAAUAAAAGAUUAUUUUUAGAACAAUAGAGGAUGAAUUUGAUCACUGUAUAGUCUGUAAAGUAUAUGUAUAUAUUAUGAUUAAAGCUCUUUUAAUAGUCACCUCCCUUCAACAUCCUCUUUUCUCAGUUACUUUAAUUUGUACCUUUUGUGACAACUUUCUCAAGCAGAUGAUCUUUUGUGAUGUUGUCUUUUAUUUUUUGAAACAAAAUGAAAUAUCUUAACACUGUGAAUAAAAACAACUGAUAGACUCUGUACCUCAUUUUUUUUUUUUUUUAUUAUUCUCUCCCUGAAAUGACUAGUUGUUAUUUUUAUAAUAGCUUUUGCAUGAUCUUUCUACUUCUAUGCUACAAUAAACAUUUCUUUACUAAAUAAAAAUGUGCAACCCCUUUGUGACAAAAUGGUGUCCUGACCCAAGAGUAGCUCACAUUGAACUGUAUGUACUAGUGCAAUGAAUAUAAUUUGAGCUAGUAAUGUGUUGCACAUUGGUCCACAAGAGAGUGCUGGGGGGGAGGGGGGCUCCCAUUCUGCCAAACAGGACUAAAACUAAAUGAAAGUGAAAAAGAAAAGCUAGAUUUCACUGCUUACUACUAAUAAAAGAAUUGCUACCCCAGGAAGAGAAAGAACUCUAUUCUGAACUUAACCAACAUACUUUCAAAUUUCUUUGAUCUGCAUUAGGAGAGAAAUUGUCUGCAUUAUUUUGUAUUGACAAUUUAUAUGUACAGAAUUAGCCUUCAAUUAAUUCAGUUCUUACCUUUAUUUAAGGUUACUCCUAGAGAGUUAUGAGCCAUUAUCCUACAUCUGAUAAAUUAUUUAAUAAUUGGAGGAAUCAUGAAUUCUACUGACAACAAUCAUUCACUUGACUCUGAUGAUGAC